CACAAUUUUCUACUCUUCUCAAGCUUACUUCCUGUGAGAAGCAAAAGGGAAAUAUUCCCUUUUCUAUUUAAGCUUGUAUAGUUAUUUUAAAUGCGUAUUCAGAUAUGGCUGCCAGGGAUUAUGAUCAUUUGUUCAAGCUCUUAAUCAUUGGGGAUAGCGGUGUUGGAAAGAGCAGUUUGUUACUCAGAUUUGCGGAUAAUAUGUUUUCAGGAUCCUACAUUACAACAAUUGGUGUGGAUUUUAAGAUAAGAAAGAUUAAUGUGGAUGGGGAGAUGGUCAAAUUACAGAUCUGGGAUACUGCCGGACAGGAAAGAUUUCGUACAAUAACAUCAACAUAUUACAGAGGAACACAUGGAGUUAUAGUAGUAUAUGAUGUAACAAGUGCUGAUACAUUUGUAAACGUGAAAAGAUGGUUACAUGAAAUUGAUCAAAAUUGUGAUGAUGUCCAGAGAAUUUUGGUUGGUAACAAAGAUGAUAAUCCAGAAAAAAAGGUUGUUGAAAAAGAAGAUGCUGUGAAGUUUGCACAACAAAUGGGGAUCCAAGUAUUUGAAACAAGUGCAAAAGACAACAAAAAUGUAGAAGAUGUAUUCAAUGCAAUAACACGUAUGGUUCUACGACAAAAGAAGGAACAACAAGCAAAGGCCAAUGAACAAUCUGGUGUUAUAAAAGUAAAAAAGGACAAAAAGAAAUCUAGGAAAAAAUUUUCAUGCUGAUGUAUAAAAGACCCAGAUUCUACAUACUUUUAUUAUCAAUGCAGUGUGAACUGUGUUAGAAUAUGAACCUGUAUUUGCCUUUUGGGUAAAUUGUUUAGAGGUUGUUUUUAAGCUUGCUUGAUGCCUGCAAAUGUGACACAAUAUGCCACAUGAAUCCGUUAAUUCUCAGAUAUAUCCUGUUUUCUUUGCCUUCUUUUCCCAUUAUGUACAGAUCCUACAAUUGUGGCUUACUAUCCUCUUGAAUUUAUAGAAUGCUGGUAGUUAUUGUAAAACUAUUGCUGUAUUUUUGUGUUUUCUGGCAAAACAAAAAUGAAAAUGUAUAAGUGUACAUGUAGAACUGUAUAAACUUUUUUUUUCCGUGUCAAAAAGCUAUGAGCUGGCCAUGUUUGAUUUCUUGUGUUGCAGAUAGUACUUGUAGAUGAUGCUAGCACCAUGUGUUACAAAGGGAGAGAGUACAAAAUCAAUAAAUAAUAGCCACACAACAAUAGACAUUGUAGAGCAACCCAAGAUUGGUUUUACCUAGUAAGUUCUUUAGCAUUGAUCAGCAAUAAACUUCAGCUGCCGGAAGCAGUUAUUUACUUUCCAGCCUUCAUAAACAUACACGUCUUACAAGACAAGUUGCCGGUCUCAGAAAAAAAUCAGAUCAAGACCUACCUGCUAAACUGGGAAAGGUGGGGUGAGGUUUGUUCAACACUUGCUUACAGAGAAAUGCAUGCAUGAACUUACAAAUACAUUUUCAUCUAGUUCUCUCUUUUCCCAGGAAAGUCCUCUUCCAACCAAAAUUUAGCCUCUGCUGCAAUAUUAUUUUACUAAAUGAAGUAAAGGACCAGUAUUAGAGUCUUUGAAAACUUGACCUACCGGUAUUUUUAUUUAUAAGAAGCUUGUUUGGUUGAAAAGUGACUCCCCAUUGCUGUUUCCUGGUCAUAAAACCAGUAACUUGCUGAGUUGAUGAUGAUAUUUGCUAUUAACACUUCCAGUCCUUAAUUCUGGAAUUACAGGUUUAUUAAUUAAGUCAAUAACUUCUUGUGGUGAACAUUUUAUAGUGUUUCUCAUUAACACUGCAUUAAUAAUUUUCAAAUACAAUAAAAUCCCCACCUUCCCACUA